CUCCUUUACGCAACACUAAGGCACCACCGUCGAUAAACCUGUGACGCAAGAACUUAUUGUCUGUCUUUGGUCUUGCACCCAACUUGCCCCCAAGGCGUCACCUCACGUACAAGCGGAGGCAUCGAAAAACGAUCCAUGCUUAGCAUGCUCUGGCAAUGAGUAGGGAUGCCAUCAAACUCAUCUUUCACAUGAUCUUUUCAAAUUCGCGUCUGACCUAGCACGCGUCACUUCAUAUCGUUUCUAAAGAUUGUUUCCAGAGACAAACCACCUAAAUCGGCAUCGCUCUUUUUCCUGGGGCAGGCCGCUUUCAACAUUCGUUUCACACCUUGCCUACCUACCUAGCUACCCUCCCUUGGGGUACCUUGCUUAUCAACCACCUUGCUACUACCAAAAACCUCCCUUUUGAGACCCAAUAUUUUCAGCCUGGAAUAGCCAAAGUGAUUGUUAUUCUUUCCUUCCUUGCCGCAACCCAACUCUCCUCAACAUAUGUAAGCAUCCCGGAAAUUCUGGUCGCCUUUCAUCGCUCAAUACGGCCGGAAGACCUCCGCCUAGCAGCUUACUCAAGGACCGGCCAGAGACACCGGAUAUACCACCUAAUUUUGCGUAUAACCGACCAUCGACCGACCGAACCACGCUACGAUCAUACUCAAAGCUAUCUGUUGUUCCUCCGCAUCCACUUUGGGCAGGGAGCUUAAAGUGUGACCAACUGCUAUCACCGCAAACCGCCAAGGCCUAACACUCUGGCGUUCCGAGCGAUCCGUACCGCCGGCCUCCUCGCAGGCCUGGGGCUUGCCGCCCUCGCUGCCCUCGAUUCGCAGAGUAGCCAAGACCGGCGCAGGUCCUCAGCGAGAACAAUGUCGGGUACUGGAUCCAGGCAACCUCUGGAUGCCUCUGCUGGCCGUGAUGUUGUCUAUUGCCAUGCGUGUGAAAAUGAGUGGUUCCAGGACCAGAACGGCCUGGUCUGCCCGCAAUGCCAUUCUGAGGCUACCGAGAUAGUGACGCCGGAAAACGACCCUCGCCCUGUCAACACACACGAUAGCCGCACAGAGCCGCAGGGUCAUCGAGACCGGUACGAUGAUUCUGACCCGGAGGAAGAGGACAUUGAAGAGCACAGCCACCGCGCUCCUGGGGGAAUAUAUUUUACCUCUAGAGUUUUUCGAAUGCCUGUAAAUCACGGGGCAGGCACAGAAUCACCACAUGUACACCCCUCUGAUGGCAACGCCGUCAUGGAGCGGUUUUAUGAAAUGAUGAAUCGUGAUAUGGGAUCAUCGGCCGCUCCCGGUGCUUCCAACUCGGACGGGACGAGGUCUGCAACCGGACAAGGAGCCAGCGAGAAUAGUGGCACACGCCACUAUACCACUCGCACCACGAUGUUUCCAGGGGGGUCUACAAGCUUCACCAUCACAACCGCCCCAUUGCAGAGGGACGGAAAUAAUCCGCCAAUAGGCGAGUUCGACGCCAUCUUGAGUACCAUUAUGGGCAAUAUCACCAAUCCAGUUGGCAACACUCCUCACAGAGGCGGCGAAACAAGCAGCAACGACGAGGCCAGCGGUCUUCCUCCCCACGGCUUUCCAAUUGCUUUUCAACAGCUUCUUGGUGCCUUGAUGACGGGAUACGGAGGUACUCGUAACUGGGGUGACGUGGUGACUUCACAGGAGGAGUUUGACAGAAUAAUCUCUCAAAUGAUGGAAGCAAACCCAAUGUCAAAUGCGGCGCCACCAGCUUCAGAGGCUGCCAUAGAGAAACUGGAACGCAAGAAGCUGGACGAGAAGAUGUUGGGCACUGACGAGACGGUUGAGUGCACUAUUUGCAUGGAUGACCUGAGCUUAGGGGAUGAAGCCACUGUCCUGCCCUGCAAGCACUUUUUCCAUGGGGAAUGCGUGACAAUCUGGCUCAAGGAGCACAACACGUGCCCCAUAUGCCGAACCCCGAUGGAGCAGAGGAGCUCAGCCGAAAGAACUCAAGCACCACAAAACCAAUCUUCUUCAGGGCCUCGUGCCGCAAGGCCCGAGCCCCCACGGGGCAUCUUUCCCUGGGCUUUCCAGCCAUCCGGAAGCGGCACAGGCUCCUUCGUGAAUAGCUCGUCACAACGUCCAAGCCAGAGCUCUCAACAGUCGCCUAUAGACAUUCAGCAAAACGACAGUGGCCAUACCAGUCACCGCCGCGAGCUUUUGCGCAGUCCAUCGACAAACGAGGAGCGCCUCCGGGCGAUUAGAGACCUUGCAAACAGCGACCGCCAUGGAGGCUCUGAUCGCCCCACGACGCCACCAUUUGCAGGUCGGCGGCGCAAUUCUCUGUCUCCACCUAGCCCAAGCAUGCAAGCCCCCUGGAAUUUGUCCUACGACCCUGUCCACGAUUUUACCAGUGCUUCUAGGGAUCGGACUCGGGAACGAGACGGCGAUCGGAGCAAUUCGCAGAGCAGCUCUCGGUUCACUAGCACAAACCGUGAUCAGGAGGGUCACAGGGACCGCGAGCGCUACCGACAACAGACAUACGAAUCGAGCCAACCGCCCAGCCGCGAACAGCGAGAUCAGGAACGUAAUGAUGACAACGGGAGCCGGCGUGGUGACCCCAAUCAGACAAGCAGCGGAAGUACAUUCGACCCAUUCAGCUGGAUAAGAGAUAGGCUUCCUGGAGGUGGCAACUCGUCAGGAGACAGCCAUCGGCGGGGUUGAUCACCAUGCUGAAGGAAAAUCCUAAGAUCCCACGCGCAAAUGUUCGCUUCAUAAGUCCAAGGCCCGCUAAAGGUCCGUCAACAGAGUGGACGCAGUCACACGUUGCACCUGUUGGUUUUAACGUCAAUAUUUCUCGCUGUUCCUUGGUAAAGUACUACAAGGAAUUUCGAUACGACGGUUGGAAAUCAUGGCGAGGGAUGUAAAUGAGUUUUUAGGAUUGUCGAAUACCUGAUUUAUCUGUAUAGAUUAAGGUUAAAGAGGAUACCAGUUUAUACGUGUUUGCUAGCCAGUUUUCUUCCUUUUCAUUCUUCUCCUUUUCCAUUUCUUUUCUCGUUUUUCUCUUUGACCUCAGUUUCACACGAAGACGAGCCGAGUUUCGCUGAUUUCUCGACCAAAUGAUGGUAAGUUGCCACGAUAGGAUUGUUCUUUUUGACCAUAGGUACCGGACAGAUUGCGCUCAAGCUACCACAUCGGAGCAAAGAAAUGCAAGUCAUAAAUGUAGCCCGUAUAAGUCAUAGUGAAGACUGUUGCAGCUGUUCUGAAUGAACAUGAGGCUAUAUGUAAUUUUGUUGAUGGUUGUUGUGUAUAACCAUGACUUAGCAGGGUUCAGAGCGAAUAUUCGAUAUCCAUGUCUUGCAUGUCUACCGGCAAUUCUACCACCAGCCCCAAGCCUGAACUCCCCGUCUACCGGUAAAGGCAUCCAGAAAGUGGGAGGCAAUUUACAGUAUACCUAACGAGG